CUCAAAGUCUCUGAUACCAUCUCGGUGUGCCAGCUUGUGAAGUGGCAGAAGGCAGCUUCUUCCAGAUACUUCUGAUGCCGCAGACCGUGUAAGAAACAGGAAAUAUGAAUUUGUCACUGUCUGCAUUUUGUGUUUGGGCCUUACUCAUUGCUUCAAGCUGUGAAGGCAGAACCCCUUGUACAGCAGCAAACGAUGUAUUUGUCUGCACCACGAUACCAAAUGCUUCGUUCUAUCCCCCCAACUUAAAACAUCUUGUUUUUGUGGUGCUGAGUGGGUUUGAGUCAAUCAACAAUACAAUGCUCAGCAGUUUAAACCUGAACUCUGUGACAAACCUGACAGUAUCCAACAGUGAUAUCGCCAGCAUUGAGCAAGGAGCCUUUGAUUCUUUCCUCCAACUCACUGGCCUGAAUCUAAAUGGUAACAAACUCUCAAAUAUCAAUGCUGCUUGGUUUUUUGACGCUGCCGGCCUGAUUAGCCUUUCCCUGUCCAGAAACAGAAUUCAGGCAAUUGGAGUAGACACCCUGUCCCGUUUCUCCAAUCUGGUUGAACUUUACCUCUCUCAGAAUAAGAUAAACACAAUAGCUGACCAGAGUCUCCGUGGGAAUUUGAAGCUCUCCAUUCUGGACCUCUCCAGCAAUAAGCUGGUUUUCCUGACGGAACAGGCUUUGGCAGGGCCAAAUCUCCAGAGGAUCAGUCUUCACACCAAUCCUUGGAGUUGUUUGUGUGAACAUGCAGAUUGGAUGUCCUUUCUGAGAGAUCUCAACAAUAACUCUGUGUUGGUGCAAGGAUGUUCUGUUACUUGCAAUGAUCCCCCCAACUUGAAGGGAAUCCCUGUCUGGAAUGCAUCUGAUUUUGCCUGCGCAGUGACUACAAGCACAACCUGGUCUGAUCAACACACAGAACCUCACAAACUCCACCCAAUGUUACUGGGGCUCCUGGGUAUGUUAAAGCAGAUUUUUGUUGUACAAGUGUUUUUAUGGCUGCUCUUCUUGCUGCUGCUGUUUCUGUUUCUGUUUCUGUUGGUGAAAAGGAAACAAGAGAAGGAGCAGGUAAAACCAGAUGGGCAAGAGACCAAUCAACAGGAAAAACACCCUCAGCGGGAAUCUGCCAAAGAGAAUUUCUCAAAGGAUCACCAGUCCGCGCCUCAUGCUGGAGUAGAAGUGAUUAAUUCUGAGUCGUGUGCUGCUGUGCGGAAGAAACGAGAUGAGUUUGCACCAGUGACAAUGUCAGGGGCUCAGCAGGAUGGCGAACAUGCUCAGUUAACAAAAGUCAGGAUCAGCUCUGAAUUCCAAAUCAGUAAGCAAUCCAACAGCAUUGGACAAGCCGUUCUUUAA